GAAAAUUUUUUCUUGUUUUUGUUCGAGGUCAACGAUUAUAAACAAACAUUUUGGCACGAUAAUCCGUUUUUUUUUGUUUAAAUAUUGCAUUUGAUCCAAAGUACAGCACUCAGCUUAAAUCAAUUUUUGUUUAAAACUUACCCGACAAACGUUGGAUUCAAAAAAGACAAACAAUGACGAUUCCGGAGGAAAACAAAACGAAACAGCAGCAGCAGCAAUCCGAUGAAGACAAUGAAGAGAAUGUUCCCAUUCUUGGCUAUUGGAACAUUCGUGGUAAUGCCCAACCAAUACGGUUAUUGUUACAUUAUACAAAAACUCGUUACAAGGAAAAAAGUUAUAAUUUUGGUAAAUGUGAUCAAGAUAAAAUAAUAUGGCGUUCAUCGAAAUUUAAUCUGGAAUUAGAUUUUCCAAAUCUACCAUACUAUAUUGAAGGUAAUUUAAAAUUAACACAAAGUUUAACAAUAUUACGUUAUUUGGCAAAAAAACAUAAUCUAGCUGGACAAUCGGAAAAAGAACGUACCCGAAUAGAUUUAUUGGAACAACAAUUACGUGAUUAUCGUAAUGAAUUUAUUGAAGCAUCAACAAAUAAAAAUUUUGAAAAAGCUCGGUUAAUUUAUUUAGCAAGAUUACCGGAUAAACUUCGUUCAUUAUCAGCAUUUUUAAAAGAACGACCAUUUUUUUGUGGUAAUUCAUUAUCAUAUGUUGAUUUUAUGGCUUAUGAAUAUAUUGAUCAACAUCAUUAUUUGUAUCAUGAACUGUUUGAACAAUAUGGUUGUCAAAAUUUAAUUGAAUAUUUAAAACGUAUUGAACAAUUACCAACAAUUAAAGAAUAUCAAUAUUCACAGGAAUAUAUUCGUCAUCCAUCCGGUUUAUUAAUAGCAUGGUAUGAAGCAAAAUUUUUUUCCACAUUUAAUCGUUCGGUUAGUGAUAAACCAACUGAACAAUUGGAACAAGAAAUUCAUGAUACAACUAUAUCAUCAUCGGAUGCUGAACAAGAUAUGUAUAUGGUUUGAUUGAUUCAAUCAAACCAUACAAAACAAAUUGGUAAACAUUUUUGAAUUAAAAAAAAUACCAAAAAAAAAACAUUUUAGAAACACAAGAAAAUAAUUUAAAACAAAAAUG